AUGCCUGAUACUUACCAUAAGGAAUUUAUGUUGGAAAAUGAGGAUUUUGGCCGUGUGGCACAUGCUAGAGAGUUAUACCCAUUUCAUCAUUCAUUAUACUCCAAAGCUUUAUACUCUGAUCGUUAUGUGGUAAAACGAUUUAGUAAUUUUCAAAGUUUAAAACAUCAUAGAGGUUGUGUAAAUUCGGUUUUUUGGAAUGAGGCUGGCAACUUGAUCAUAUCUGGCUCAGAUGAUUGUCGUAUAAAUAUAUGGGCACCAUUUGAAGACCCAGAGAAGCCUCUUAUUCAUUCAAUUCCAUCUGGUCACAAUGCAAAUAUUUUUUCUGCUCGUUUCAUGGCAAAAUCAAAUGAUAGACACAUAAUUUCAUGCUCUGCCGAUGGUGUUAUCAGAUACACUGAUCUUGAGCAUAUUGUAGAAAAUGAUGCUAAUUGGUCACCUUUACCUGAAUUUAAUUGUCAUAGUUAUAUGGCAUUCGAAGUACUGCCAGAUCCAAAUGAUUCAAAUAUAUUUUUCUCAUGUUCUGCUGACGGUCUAAUCAAUCAAUAUGAUCUACGAAUCAAAAAAUCAUGUCCAUGUAAUCACUGUAAACAACACAUAUUUCUUGAUCUGAAUCCAACAAGUAAUCCCAACAAACAUCGUCUAAAUUCUAUUACUAUUGACAAUGGCAACGAUAAUAACAAUAUGAGCAUAACCGCUAUAUCCAUAAGACCUGAUAACCCGGUAUAUAUGGCAGCUGCAUGUGAUGAUACUGUACGUAUUUAUGAUCGUAGAUAUGUAAUGAAAUCAGCAUAUCAUCGUGAAAGUCAAGUAUAUCAAUUCAUUCCAAAGUUAAUGCGUGAUAGUUCUGCCUCCACUCAAAAUAAAAUGACCAGUUUAAAGUUUGAUCCAUGUGGUGGUGGUGAUUUGUGUGCUAGUUAUAGCAAUAGUAAAAUUUAUUUGAUUAGGCCUAAUGCUGAUCAGGAAAAAAAAUCAUCUUCUCAUAAAAGUUCUAUUAAAAAACAAAAACAAAUUAAUGAUGAGGGCAUUGAUAGGGACACAGUUAGUCAUAAUUUGAUGGAUAAUGGUGAUAAUAACCAAAAUCACUCUCACUUAUUAUCAAUGCUUAGUAUGGAAGGCGUUGUUUGUGGUGAUAGCAGUGAUGGUAAUGUAGAUAAUAUUGAUAGAGAGGGUAAGUCAGCAACGAAAUAUGAUGAGAAUAAUGAUAAUAAAGUUGAUGGUGUUAAUAGUAUUGAAUUUACUGAAGCCAAUUUUUUUGGUGCAAAUUCUGAAUAUAUCAUGUCUGGUUCAGAUGAUGGUAGAAUAUUUAUAUGGGAUAAAAUCACAGGAGAAGUAGUUAAUUUAUUAAAAGGCGACUCAAGAGUAGUUAAUUGUCUUCAACCACACCCACAUCUCCCAAUAUUAUGCACAUCUGGUAUUGAUAAUGAUGUAAAGAUUUGGUAUCCAGAGGGAGAAGAGAAUGAUCUUUCAGAUUUACAAAAAGUAAUAGAACGUAAUGAACUUGAAGUGGAGAAUAUCAAUGAAGAUAAUGAUCCAAAUCCUAUGUUUCUAUUGUCUGGUGAUUUUAUUCAGAUUAUUGAAGCUAUAAUCAAUCAAUCUGGAAGGCACUUUAUGGAUUGA